CCACAAAACUAAAAACUUGCAAAAACCAAUUUCAGUCGCGCGUUCGAAGUGAUUGGUCGUUCGUAAUCAGAUUUCCGACCGCGCAACUUUGUGUUGUGUUACAAAAAUAUAAUGCCUUUCAUAUCAAAAGACUGGCGUUCUCCAGGCGAAGAGUGGGUCAAAACACAAGAAGGAUGGGAGAAGAAGAAAGUGUUGGAAUGCACCGCGCAAAGAUAUGCUGCUAUCUCUAACUAUAAUAACUCAGAUGAUAAUCAGCAGAAGUGGAUCGGAACCAGUGAAGAAGGAGACAAAGGGGCAGACGAUGUUGUCGCCAGAGUACCGCCACACUGCCACAUCACAAUUAAAUGCACAAGAGAGAUUGCAGGCUUCAACGGCUUGUCCGAGGCGGUGCGUCGGUUAGAUUUCUCCUCCGCCGUCCGCGACGUGCGCAGGUUCAAUUACAUCUGCGCGCUGCUAGAGCUGCUACUGGGGGGACAAAAGUUGACCAACUUGCCGGGCGCAGCUCAGAAACUACUGUUGUCUAUGCUCGAGCAGCUGGCUGAUCAAGUUGCACAAUCAAAACAGAACCUUAACGCGCUUCGAGCGCUGCUAGUAGCGCUGUCCGCUUUACGAGAAGCGGAGCGACGAGCGUGCUGGGGCAGACCGCUGGGAUCCCGCGCUUUGUGGGGACACCACGACCACGCCAUCGCUAGGAUAAACCACAUCGCCAAUAGCAUUCGAAUACAGGAGCCGGGACCGGAAGUAGUGCCUAAACUUCACGAUUUGCCUGAGGAAUGCAUCAGGGAGAUUAUGUUGAGGAUAUCGGACCACAGGGAUUUAGAUUCAGCGUCAUCAGCGUGGCCAGUAAUGGCGUCGGUGUGCUCUGAGCAGCGCGUGUGGCGCGAGCUCGUCACCUUCCACUUCACACAGCAGCAGAUAGACUCCCUGCACAAAGGCGACGACACCAAGGACGUGGACUGGAAGAAGGUCUUCCAUCAGCUGCGGAAGUUGUACGGCCUGCGCGAGGACGCUCAGUACGCGGAGACCCUGUCCUUGUGCCGACACUGCAAGUGCCUUUUCUGGCGAUCGCUCGGACACCCCUGCAUAGCUGAUCAAUGUCCGGAGUACCGCGAGCGGCUGCGUGAGGCGGGCGGGCCGCUGCCGCCGCACCCCGUGCCGCCCAAAGCCUUCCUCAAGUUCUUCUCGCUCUAAACGUUACACUUCCUCAAAUGGAAUACGCUACCGGAACACUCAACCCUCGCUUUCAUGUAAACUAUCAAAUGGAUACUACUAUACUUUAUCCAUGGAAAGACGUUAGUUUAGGGCUCUCUCUGUUAGAUAAUCUCAUACAAAUGACAGAGCCAAAAAACUCAGCCAGUUAACCAUUAUGAGACACUGACCCUCAAGUUUUUGCUUUUUGUAUUUUACAUAGUAUAUCCCGAAAAAAUAAAGAAUUGCCUUGGGAUUUUUAAAAUUAAAACCAACCAUACGGGCUAGCGAAUGUGCGGAUUUGCGGAACGAUACGAUUGACACCGGCCACACAAUUCGCUAUACCAUAAUCAUUUACCGAAGUGGAGUGGAGCCGAACCUUAAGGUUUUUCACUCACUUACACAUUGGUAUGAGUGAUGUGACAUUUGGCGAUCCGGGGUGAGUAGUUACUCGUUCAUAUUCCGGGCUCGGUUGCGAAAUUGAUAUGGCGAGUGACGAAUUUGUAAAUGCAGGGUUAAAGUCUGAGCGAAGCAUGAGCAAAACUUUGAUCAAUUCAUUGACCGAAAGAGCAAAAUCAAAGCAGACUCUUAUGGAGUAUAGAUCCCAAUUCUCAAGCAAGAGUUUUCCAAAUCUGUUACCUACGUUUUCGAUAAAAAAUAACUCAUCUGAGUACAUGAAAUAUGCUUUGCAAAACUAAUUUAUUUCAAAGACUUUGACUAUUGAUCAAAAAUACUUAUCAUAAUAUAUUCUUAUACGAUGAUGGUAUCAAUAAAAUUCAGCAACUAAAUUAUAGUUUUAACGUUAAACUAUUGUGAGUGAGUUCCAUCAUAAGUAUAGAUUGUUACGGCUAUACUCCCCACCUCAGGCGCCUGUGGCUUGUAGUCUCAACCGCGACGCGCAGCGAGCUGAGUCCUUAUGAAAAGGGCCCUGGAUGGGUUUGAAACUAGUGGGGCUUAAGUCCACUAAAUACCAACAAUAUCAGUAACAAUCUAUACUUAUGACUAAAUUGUUAAUAGAACUAAAAUCAUUAACCGAUCAUUAUAUUUAAAAAGCUAAAAGUAGUCCUAAGGUUAAAAAGUGGCAAAAUUCAGAAUGCUUGUAAAACUGUUCUAUGAUCAUAUCUUGAAAUCGUCCAAUAACACCUAGUUGUCAUAAAAAUAUUCUAAUAUGAUGCAAAAAAAAUGUAGAAUAUUCUUGUAAUAGUAGU